AUGGCUCAAGUGGAAGAACAUCAGCAUGGGUCAGCGCUUCAAGACGGCUACGGAACUGGCCCCAAUGUUACCGACUCGAGUCCCUACUUUGAUGUCCUUUGUGGUCCUCUCAUAAACUAUCAGCGUAUGAGUGAGGAAGACCACCAGGUGUUUUGGCACGGCUCCGUCCUCCUCGUCACGAAACCGGGGCUGAAUAUUCCUUCCCUUGAAUUGAAAUCUUUGGGUGCAUGGGAUGGAAGCGGAAAAGUUACAAGUUCUCCGGCGCAGGUUCUGGGUGGUCUGAAGUUGUAUUCGGACCCGGAAAAGACUUUUUGGCGUUUCACACUUCGAGUCCCGCUGGCGGAAGCCGAAGCAAAAUGGCAAUACACGAUACCAAAUGUGAACUUCCCCACCGGCGUCAGCAAAGACCCUUCGAGGGAGUUCGUUGUUCCUGCUGCAACGGAAUCCAUGCGCAUAAUGUUUCACUCGUGCAAUGGGUUCUCGGUAGGAACGGAUGAAGACUUUUGGUCAGGUCCGGCUUUAUGGAACGAUGUGGUGCGAACCCAUCGACAGCGCCCUUUUCACGUCAUGAUCGGUGGAGGAGAUCAGAUCUACAAUGAUUCAGUCCGAGUCAGCGGGCCGCUAAAGGAGUGGACGUCAAUUGCCAACCCCAGAAAGAGAAGAGACUACCCAUUCGGGCAAGAUCUUCGAGUUCGAUGCGACGAGUUUUACUACAACAACUAUCGGCAGUGGUACAGCACCGAACCUUUCGCAACAGCGAAUAGUCAAAUCCCCCAGAUCAACAUCUGGGAUGACCACGACAUCAUAGAUGGAUUUGGCUCCUACACUGACCAUUUCAUGCGAUGCCCGGUGUUCCGCGGCAUUGGCGGCGUCGCUUUCAAAUACUACUGUUUGUUCCAGCACCACACCGCUCCACCCGUCUCGACCUUCACGACCGAUUCACCAACGACCAUGGAAGCUGGCGCGGAUGGAACUGCCGGCGCGGACCCCCGCCAACUCCAAAACACCUACGUGUAUAAGACACCGGCAGACGAUCCGAGCUGGAUUGUGGGUAAGCGUCCAGGUCCCUAUGUGGAAGAGAGGUCGCGUAGUCUGUACAUGCGGCUAGGCCGACGGAUAGCCUUUUGCGGCAUUGAUGCCCGAACAGAACGCACACGCAAGCAGGUCAACUACCCUGAAACGUACGACAUGAUUUUCGAAAGGCUGCAAGCCGAGUUCAAGGCUGCGCAAGGGGAAAUCAAGCACUUAAUUCUACUUUUGGGCGUGCCUAUUGCAUACCCUAGGCUGGCAUGGCUAGAGAACAUUUUGACCUCUCCCAUCAUCGCGCCCAUCCGCCUGCUCAACCGGCGCUUUGGCUUUGCAGGUGGCUUUUUCAACAGUUUUGACGGUGGAGUGGAUCUUCUGGAUGACCUGGACGAUCACUACACGGCGCGCCAUCACAAAACUGAGCGACGUGAGCUCAUCGUUAGGCUCCAGAAACUGGCGGCCGAGUUUUCUGUCCGAGUCACCAUAUUGGGUGGCGACGUUCAUCUGGCCGCCUUAGGUCGCUUCUAUUCCACUCCGGCCGACAACAUGAACGCUCUCGAAGAUCCUCGCUAUAUGGCCAACAUCAUCUCCUCGGCAAUCACAAACAAACCUCCACCAAAAGCCGUGGCGAAUUUGUUGGCGAGACGGAACAAAAUCCACCAUCUACGAGACGGGAACACCGACGAAACCCUCCUGAACCUGUUUGAUAAGCAACCAGGAGGUCAGAUGAAAAGCGCCGAGUCCAACCAUGCCACCAUGCCUAGUCGUAAUUAUGCGUGCAUCACAGAGAUCCCAGAGCACCGGACCAACGGUGCCGCUCAACCGAGCAAUGGCGUCACCGAGGCUGCGACGGUCUCGACCACGGGAGCGACUGGGAAAAGUCGUCCGCACGGUGAGCUAGAUGGGCACGGCCCCUUACACAUUGGUGAGGAGGGCGCCGGCACUCAACACCCAGCGGCAAGCGGGAUAAGUAAUGAAGGGCCUCUCGAAGGCGGCUUGAACGUGGCCAUCAGAGUUGAAAUCGACAACCGCGAUCCCGACGGCAAGACCGAUGGGUAUGGAAUGAGCAGUAAGUCGACGGAUUUCGAUAGCCAUCUGGUAUGA